AUGGCUGACACUCUCGAAGGACAUCCUUUUCAAGAGACGCCAUCCUCUCGUGAAUCGCCAGCAGGAUCCAACCAUGGCGACGAAAAUAUCUCCCUCGAAACGAGCUGGAAGUCUCUCUUCCACUUUACGACAGUCUAUCAUGUCCCACUUCUACUAGCAGCUAUCAUAAUCACAAUCUCCGCUGGAGUCUCAAGAAUCAUCUUUGCGCUGUACCUAGGCAAACUAUUUCAAACACUCUCGCAAUUCGGGAUUGGAGCAAUCACGGGUCCGCAACUCAUGGAUAAGGCGAGAGACAAUACUUCUAUUCUCCUGAUUCUUGGAGGAGGGACAUGGCUUCUGAAUUCAUUUUUCUUCUUCGUCUGGAUCGUAUUUGCUGAAUUUCAGGUCCGUGAAGCCGGGAGCAUUCUGUUUGGGAAGUUGUUGACGCGGGAUCUGGUGUGGUUUGAUAUGAGAAAGGAUGGAGUUGGGCCAUUUCUGUCACAUUCACAAAAGCAACUACGAGAAUUACAGAUCGCAACUGCCCAGCCCCUUGGAGCAUUCAUAUUACACAUAAUCAGAAUACUCGCCGGCAUGAUACUCGCAUUUGUCAUUUCAUGGGAAGUCACUUUGGUAACGAUGGCUGGUAUUCCAGUUUCCUUCACAGUGAUCACAUUCACCUCCUCAAGAAUGGCACCCAUCCUUAAAGCACAACAAUCCGAGCUCUCCGAAGCUUCCAAAAUUACAUACGACGCCUUCAAAUCUAUAGAUGUGGUCAAAUGUCUCAACGGCCAGUCCUCAACUUAUACACAAAUGAUGACACGGAUCAACGCGGCUGCUCGGUUGUAUAUGAAAUUAGCUGUUCUCAUCUCAAUUCAGACGGCUUUUCCACGAUUUAUGUCGUUCGUCAUGUUUGUGCAGGGGUUUUGGUAUGGAAGUAUAUUGGUUCAGUCAGGGAAAUUGACACCAGGUGAUGUCUUGACAACUUUUUGGGGUUGUUUGAUUGUUACGCAGUCAAUAGCGCAGCUGGUGCAGCAUUCUGCUACGUUGGAAAGAGGGAAGAUUGCUGGCGAGACGCUGCGUCAGUAUACAUGUGCUGAUGCCAUAGAUGACUUGCGGUUCAGAACGCAGAAGAACCGGUAUCCCAAUCUUCACACUGAAGAUAUCGUUUUGAAAAAUGUCGUCUUUGCUUACCCAUCUAGACCCGAAAUACCCGUGCUCAACGCAUUGAACAUCAAAUUCCCAGCAGGCAGGACAACUUUUAUUGUUGGACGCAGCGGAGCCGGAAAGAGCACUCUCAUUAAUCUGCUGCUACAAUUUUACUCACCAAAGUCCGGAGGGAUUCUAGUUGGGGGCACCCCGUUUCAAGCAGUCCACCCAGCCUGGGUGCGUAAGAACGUAACGCUCGUCCAGCAAAAUAACUACCUCUUCAACGAAACCCUCUGGGACAACAUUGCCUUUGGAGCACGAAGACCACGGAGCGUUUCCAAUGAUCAAAUGGAGAUGUGUAUCGAAAUGGCAAAUUUGCAAGACGCUAUUCACAACCUACCGAAUGAGCUCAACACCGUUGUUGGAUUGGGUGGAAACUUGCUCAGCGGUGGACAGAAACAGAGAGUCGCUAUUGCGCGAGCGAGGAUGAAGAAUAGCGCCGUUCUUAUCCUCGACGAGUUCACAGGUGCACUAGACUACGAUAAUCGUGCCACGGUUAUGGAGUCCGUUCGAAAAUGGAGAUACGGCAUGACGACGAUUAUUGUUACACAUGAUACUGCUAAUAUACUUGACGAUGAGUUUGUGUAUGUGCUCGAAGCUGGAAAAGUGGCUGCUUCGGGACUCAAGAAAGACUUGAUAAAUGGGGAUCAACGUGCAAUUUUUGCAGAGGCAAUCAUCGAUCCGAUAAUAACCUCGCAUUCACUUGGCCGGAAUGCCAUGGAGUCCCAAUAUCUCUCAGAGGAAUCCUGGUUCGAUGAUUCUCCGGUUGAAACGUUGUUUACUUCCUUUGAUAGUGAUGAGAUGCCGGAGACAUCUACGACUACCCUGAUUGGAGACAAGGCAAUGAGCAGCCCAUAUGGUAAAGAGAUUCAAUUCUCGCCGCCGCCACGGAUUUUCCUUCGAGAGCUGACAUCUAUUACUCGGCAUAAGUCACGAUCGGUGCGUAAUCGAUUGUCCUUCAUGGGUGAAGAAAAGCCUCUCGCUUCUCUAAACACACUUCGGACGUUUGUCGCAAGAGGUCACCCCUACAAGAAGCUACAGUCAGAGGAUACAGAAACAAUCACCACAACUUUACCAUUACACAAGACAUUAUCGACUAUCCCCAAAAUCCUCAACCUAAAACAAAGAAUCCUAUUAGCCAUCGCAAUAGUACUCGCAACCAUCCACGCAACAUCGACGCCUAUCUUCUCAUUCCUCCUAUCCCGUCUCUUCGACUCAUUCUAUAUCGCAGACCGAACCAAAGCCAGCUCUAUAGCCAAGACAUACUCCAUAUCAAUCGUUUCGCUAUCCGUAGCAGACGCCUUGGUAACGUUCGUUAUGAAUUACAUCCUCGAAUACUGCAGUCAAGCAUGGAUGGACAAGUUACGCGCUCGAUCCAUGCAACGAGUACUCGCUCAACCAUGUUCAUGGUUUGAGCAGAAAGAUCAUGAUCCCCUCCAACUAACUAUCUGUCUAGACCAGCACGCCGAAGAAACCCGCAACUUGGCCGGAAAAUUCGGAAGUUUUGUGAUUAUUUCUAUCAUCACGGCGUUUAUUGCCAUCGUGUGGAGUUUGAAUCUGAAGUGGCAGUUGACAUUCGUCAGUCUGUUAUGUGCCCCGGUUUGGUAUGGAGUAAGCAAAGGUUUAGAGGCGGUCAAUACGAGAUGGGAGCGAUCGUUAAAUGAUUUGAACGAGGAUAUGGCGAACGUCUUUUCGGAGGCGUUUACAGAUGUUGCGACUGUGAGGGCGUUUACUUUGGAGAAUCAUUUUAGGGCCAAACUCGCGAAUGUUUUGCGUCGGAGGUUGAUGGUUGGGUUCAAAAGGGGGAUUUAUACCGGGUUGUUUUUUGGGCUUACAGAGUCGGUGAUUAUCUUUGCAAGCGCACUACUCAUUUACUAUGCAGCGGUUUUGACAGCCCCUGACGCUAAGGGGAUCUCGAAUAUCGUGUCAGUAUUGACGAUGACAUUAUUCAGCCUCGGAUAUGCAGUUUCGGUGAUGUCGUGGAUUCCCCAGGUAAAUUCGGCCAGCGAUAUGGCAACACGGCUGAUCAAGCUGUCGCGACUACCAGCUGGAUUCUCUUCGCACGAGAAUUCAGGCAAACUGCGAGUCUUUGAGCCUGUUCCCAUCGAAUUUUACAAUCUAAGCUUCCGCUACCCAUCACGCCCCGAAACCCCUAUCCUUACCAACUUUUCUUUGAAAAUACCUGAGAACAGCUGCUCGGCCAUAGUAGGCAGCUCCGGCUCAGGAAAGUCAACCAUCAUAUCCCUCCUCCUAGGUCUCUACGCCUGCCCCAACCCAUCACCGGGACAAGACAUCGUCGCACCCCUCACCCUCGCAGGCGUCGAUAUCCGACAACUCCAUAUACCCACCCUUCGAUCAAUGAUAGGCUAUGUCCCUCAACAACCGAAACUGUUCGCCGACACGAUUCGCGCAAACAUUACAUAUGGCCUUGGCCCUUACUCCAGGUUCAACUCGCUCAAUAACAUCGAAGCUGCCGCCGGAGCAGCCGGGAUAGCAGAUUUCAUCCAUUCCCUUCCCGAGGGAUUUUCAACACUCAUCGGGGAAGGGGGACUCACAUUAUCAGGGGGACAAGCGCAACGCCUCGUGAUUGCGCGCGCGCUGGUACGACACCCCAGAAUCUUGAUAUUGGACGAAGCCACUUCGAAUCUUGAUACGGAGAGCGCGGAAAUCAUUCGGAGAUCUGUGAGGAGGCUUUUGACUGCGCCGGGCCAAGAACUGACGGUGAUUAUGGUUACGCAUUCGAAGGACAUGAUGGAGAUGGCGGAUAACGUGGUGGUUGUUGAUAAGGGAGUUGUGGUGGAGCAGGGGUCGUAUUUGGGAUUGUUGAAAAGGGCGAAUGGGAGGUUGAGGGAGAUGUUGGAUGUUGAUUAA